GUGCUUUGCAAGCUGUCAACAAAUUGUCAAACAAACACAAACAACGCGCGACCACAAUUUGCGGCAUUUUGUGCAAAUUUUGUGCCUAACUUUCCCCACCAAACGUGUUUACCAUUGUUUAUCCAAUAUGUCGAAAGCACAUCCGCCAGAGUUGAAAAAGUACAUGGACAAGCGGCUAUCGCUGAAGCUGAAUGGUGGACGAGUCGUUUCCGGCAUCCUGCGUGGUUUUGAUCCCUUCAUGAACGUGGUGGUGGACGAAUCCAUCGAGGAGUGUAAGGACGGUACCCGCAACAACAUUGGAAUGGUGGUUAUCCGGGGCAACAGCAUCAUCAUGGUGGAAGCACUGGAUAGGAUAUAAUGAGCGCUAGCUCUUCUAUAAUCUUCAAAUAAAGUCAAUCGCACUCGGGUCAGAGUUUAUUGUA